CAAGUCAAACCUUGGUAAUGAUACCUAUAGGAUUAGUUCGUUUUUUUAUUAUGACAGGGAGAACAGGAAUAAAUUAUUUUUUAAACUAAUCUAAUCUCGAUGCAUCGGUAAUAAUUAGUUCAGUUUGACACAUGUAAAGUGGCUUUACAGCUGUUUAACUUUGACAAUCCAAUUUUAGUUGAUAAACUAUUUAAGUCAUAGUAUUUGAAUAUUUCUUGUUAUAUUACUUAAACCUUAAUGAAAAUCAGCAAUUUCAACAUAGAUCAUAAUAUUUUCUCUGUCGUAUAUUUAAGUCAUUAUGAAGAAUUUCUAUUAGAUUAAGGUUUUCUUUUGUCUGUCAACAUAUAUUCAUAUGGUUCAGUUAAAAGGAGAUUAUAGAAACUUGUUUCUACACAUUUUUCAGGAAAAUUCAUGUCUACGUUUUUCAAUAUCUUAGAAAAAAGUGUUAUUAUUAAGACUCUUAAACAGUGGGAGUAUUGGUUUUAAUUAUAUAUUCCAGCUUAGUAUUGACAAAUUAUUGAUUAAGUUUCUAGGGUUCCGAUAGGAAGUCCGAAUAGGUAUGAUUCAGAUAUAUGAGUAGUGAAAGAGUUGUUUCAAAUGACAUUCAACAACCAUCAUGCUAAAUUACUGAGUGAAGUUAAAAAUUCAUACUGUAGGAUAUUACCCAGAGGGUUAGUGGUUUAUGACUGGCUACGAGACCUGAGGGUCUUUGAUUCGUCCCCUGAUGGAUUCAUGGUUCAGCACUGCUAUACAGUUCUGUAUCAAUACCAAAUCGCUGUCCAUUGCUGAUUCUGGUUUCUAACUAUUGACGGGUUAUUUAUUCUGUGUCGCAAACUGUAAAAAGUAGUAUACACUUGAAACCUUCAGUGAAAUACCUUUGUAAUUUAUAUCAUCAAAUGACCUUAAAGAAUCAUAAAUUAUAGUCUCACCACUAACGACAACAUUGAUUGAAAUAAAUCAGCAUAAUAGGAGUGUAUAUAAAUGCAAUGUUCACAAUUAUACACACUAGAUGCAAACAAUUUUUGUUUUGAUUGUGAUUUAUUGGUUGAUCAAAAGGAUAAUAACUAUUGACUCAGCUAUAUUUAUCUUGAGUAAAACCGGACUCACAAACAUUUCCUAGUUAUUGUAAUAUUGAAAUUUUUGAACAAUACUGAUAAAUUGUAAGUUUUUUUCCGACAUAAAAUUCACUGAUAUUAUAUUAAUAAAUUGAAUAUGGUUUUCGUAAUUUAAAUCAUAAAUUGAUCCCCCAGGACGAGUUCCAUACUAGAACUAAAUGGCCAUCCAGUGUUUCUAUAUUUUCAAUAGUUGUCUGGCGAAGGUCAGUUCAUGAUGUAAAUUAUGAACAUUCUACAGUAUUCACGGAAUUUAAUUAUAACUGAUUCAUUGCAAUCUAGUCGAAAAUUUCUAGAACAGAAAAUCUACUGUAUUAUUUUUGUAAUACACUUUGAUGAGUGAACUAAAACAGGUUAAUACAAUUGGAUAUAAAGUGAAUUGUAUAAUAAUUUUUUUCUCAUUGAUACGGGAUAUGAUUAUUCAUUUUCUAUAUACAAGAAUUAAAGUUUAAGAGUCAAACAGAUACUGGUCACGUCAGUUCACAUAUUUAUUUACUGUAUCAAAACCAUGAAACAAAAAUUAAAAUCAUUUUGAGUAAAUGAGUUUUUAUAUUAAUAAACUUAUGUCUGGGUGACUAGCUAACCAUUGACAGUACAUCUGAUGAACUGAAUUUUAGGAAAUAUUGAUCCAGGCAUCUAAAAGAAACAUUUUUUUUGGAUAUAAACAUAUUGUACUCUAAAUAUUGCAACUUUUUGUUAUAUUUUCGGAAGUUUUUUUUCAAAAUAAACACAACAAACAUUAUUGAAUUCAAUGUACUCGUAUCUAAAUAACUAUUGCAAUUGUAAAAAUGAAUGCACUGAAAUUUGAAAAUAAAAUCUUCUAUUUAGCCAGUAUGUAGCUAGGAUACUCGAAAAUAAUAGAAUGAUCAUGUCCAAAUUGUAGUUUAUUCAUUUGUUAUUGUAAUUGAAUAAUUUAACAUAGUAGAAACUAUCCAAUGCAAAAAAUAAACAAAUUCGAUAUUUGAAAAAUCAAUACAACUCACUUCCAAUUAGUGUCCAAUGAUAUAACAACGACCUAAAUAGAUUUAGAAAAUAAAAAAGAAACCCUAACAAAACCUAUAACGUAAAGUAAAUAGUACUCACAAUCUGUUUCUGUCGAAAAUGAAAGAGAAGAAAAAGUUCUCUUUUCGGAAGCUGAUUGGUAAAUUUGAAGAAUCAUCAAAAUCGCAUGUAAAUGAAAUGUUAAAUAAAUCUCAUUCCGAUAUACAAAUUGAUUUAAAUAAUCAACAAAUAGAAAGUGAACUAGAAUUUGCACAUAAAUUAAUGAACUCACCAGAAGAAAUGGGUUUAAGUUUAGAGGGCAGAGAUAAUGAGAUUGAAUGUUAUGUACAAACAAUAUGUGAACCAUGUACAUUAAGUAAAAAUGCAAUAAAUUUUGAUCGUUUACUACGUCGUAUUGAUACAACUAAUGCACGUGUAACAACAUUGAUCAAUUUAUGCACUACAGCUAUUUUAGCCUCAGAUAAAACUGCUAUUAAUUUUCUAGUGAAUAGUUUAAAACGUAUGCGACGCAAACAAAAUUUAUUAAUUAAUGAAGCAGAUGAUACAAUGUUGACAUUUUUAAAAGAUCCUCUGAUUUUAUUACGUUCAAAGAAGAAAAAAGUUGGUAAAAAUGAAAGUGGUGUUAAAUUCAGUAUUCAUUAUCCUGAAGAUGACGACGAUGAAGAUGAUGAUAGUGAUGAUGUAGAAAACGAUAUUGAUGGUAAUGGUAAUGUACGAGAAGGUGAUAUUGAAGAUAAAUGUGAAAAUAGUAAAAAAAAUGAGGAGGCACAAAUUCGUUGGGAAAUGAGUAGUAAUCAACUAAGUACUGACUAUUCCACAAGUGAUAGUGAUAAUGAUGGUCCAACGCCCGAAUUUGUUUUAAAUUUAUCUAAACAAAUACGUAAAACAGAAGGUACACGAUUAAAACAAAAUUUACGUUUAAUCAAUCGUAAAAAAUCAUCAAAUAUGGGAAGUAAAAAAGCAUCAUAUAAUGUUCCACCACCUUUGAAUCCACUUGGACAUAAUCGUAAUGAUUUAUUACGUUCACAUGCUACAGUAGCAAGUGGUCUUUGUCAACAAAGUCAUAAAAUAUCAUCAUCAUCUAUGCUAUCAACAAAUGGAUUACAUAAUACUGAUACAAAAUAUACACCAACAUUACCAUUUAAUUUAUUAAGUUUAACUGGACAAUUAUCAUGGUUAAUUUCAGAAUAUAUUGAACGUGGUAGUUCAACAUAUAAAUGGGCUACAGAAUUAAUUAAUUCAAUUGGUAAAAUGUCUGUUACACGAUCUACAUGGUUAAAUGUACAUCAACAAUUAAGAGAAACAACAGAAUUAUUAUAUUCACAUCGUGAUCAACAAUUAAAAUUAUAUUAUUCAAUUAAUGAAACACCACAAGGUGAAAUUGCAUGGACUAAAUUACAAGCAAUACAUCAAAAUUUAUUAAAUGGUGAUUUAAAUGCUUCGACAAUUACACCAAAUAAUUUAAAAGUAUUAUGUCAGUCAUCAAAACAAUUAAACAAUCAUAAUAAUAAUGAAAGAAAAUUAGUACAACUAUCUUGUUUAUUAGAGAAAAAAUUACAUUUAGCUUAUUUAUGUGAUUUAUUAUUAUGGAAAGCGCAUAAAAUAAUCUUAACUCAAUUAAAUUAUACUGAUGAAGAUAUAGUGAAAUGUCAAUCGAUGGAUUUUCAAAUACGUUUAUUUGAAUUACAAUUAGAUCAAUUAAAUGGACAAAAUUGGUCAACAAAUUUAAUGAAUUAUAUGUUAUGUUGGUUAAAUGAUAUAUGUGAAUGGAAAAAUCAAUUUAAUUUAAAUUCAUCUGAUAUUGAUUAUUUUAUAUGGAAUGAAUUUUAUGUAUUUAAAAAUUCAAUUGAAAAUUUAUUCGAUUUAGUUCAAUCAUUAAAUGCUUGUAAAUUAAUAAGAUCAGCAUUAGAUGAACAAAAUAAUAAUCAUAUUAAUGAUAUGAAUCAAUCAAUUUAUAAUUAUCAUUUAAGUAAUAGUUUAAGUAAUAUAAAUUUAGAUGAUAAUCAAAGUAGAAUAUCAUCAUCAGAUGGAUCAUCAUCUAAAAUACAAUCACAUAAUCGUUUAUCACAUAAUAAUUAUCAUCCACAUCAAUCACAUCAUAGUCAAGGUGAUUUUCGUAUAUUAGAUGCUGAACGUUGUUCAAGAUCAUAUUCAGCAUUAGUUAGACAAAUACAAGAGAAUGCUAUGAAUAAUAGACCAUUAGCUUAUUUUGCUGAACGUGCUUUAUAUGAUAUUGCAGUAGAAUUAGGUUGUACAGUAAAUUGGGAUGAACGAUUUGAUAGUUUAAGUAAAGAAUUAAAAAAUGCAUGGCAAGAAUGGGAAUUAAUUAUACGUGAAAAAAUAGAUCGUGAUUUCUAGUCGUUUAAUCAUUUUAUCAUCUAAUAUUUCUCUACUAUUUUUUUCUGUCAUAUUUUGACUUUAUUACUAAGUGAGUAAAACUAAACACAGAAUGAAUCAAGAAAUC